GAUUCAAUGUAGCGAGUGCCGGCCAGAAGUAGCGAAGCAGCUGGAGAGUGACAACCUGCAGGAGCGGUGCCCAGGGUUCGUUGCUCAGGGCAGUGCCAGCAUGUCUUUGUUGGCGCAGAGCCAGCAGUGGUACCCGACGCACGUCAAGGUGGUGGUGAUCCGGGCUCGGGGCCUGAGGAGCAAGGGCAAGGAUGGCACCAACGACGCCUACGCCAUCAUGCAGCUGGGCAAGGAGCAGUACUCCAGCUCGGUGGCGGAGAAGACCGCCGCCCCCCAGUGGCGGGAGGAGGCGGAGUUCGAGCUGCCCCCGCUGCAGUCGGGCCGGGGCGAGAAGAGCACUCUGCGCCUGACCGUCAUGCACCGGGCGCUGGUGGGGCUGGACAAGUUCCUGGGCCAGGCGGCCAUCAGCCUGAGCGAGCUGUACGGCAACAAGACCCGGAGCAAAGUCGGAUGGUACAAACUGUAUUCCAAAGCCGGGAAGGCGGAUAAGGAGAGGGGCGAGAUCGAGGCCGACAUCCAGUUUGUGCGCAACAACAUGACGGCCAGCAUGUUCGACCUGUCGGCCACGGACAAAUCCCGCUCCACGCUGGGGAAGCUAAAGGACAGGCUCAAGGGCAAGAAGAGAGGCGGCUUCUCGGACUCUGCGUCCGCCAUCGUGCCCAGCCUGGGCAUGGUGGCCGACAGCGAUGGCGAGGACGAGCUGCCCACCAGCAAGGCAGCCACCACCUCCAGGCUCAAGAAGCUCUUCCCCAAGUCCAACCUGCAGCGCAGCUCGCUCUCCCAGUCCAUGUCGGUCAUCCCCACCGCCCCCUCCUCUCCACCCGGGGGCAUCAGGGACAGCCAAGGCUUCACGGAGAUAAAGCUACAUGAUUCGGCGGGAGAGGAGACCUCCCCAAAGGGCCUGCACGUCCCCAAGAUUCUGAGCCACAAGCGGGCGGCCAGCGCUGACAACAAGCAGCUGGACCUGGUGCUGCCAGGGAACGCCAGGAAGGAGCCUCUCUCAUUGUUUGGGGGCCUGAGGCCCAAGAGUGACCCGGUGUCCCAGUCCAACCUUUGCAUCAACGGCAGCCAUGUCUACACGGAGGAGCCAGCCCCGGCCGUGACCCCAUCCAGACCCAGGCCCGAGCCCAGGAGCCACUUCUACGCCCCCUCCCCCGAAGAGGGCUCGAGACCGGACAGCCCCUCCCCCCGUGGGGCGGCUGACCCCCCGGCUCCCGGCUCGGGCAAGGGGGCACCGGACGCCGGCGACGAGGGGCGGGCCCGCUCGUUGAACCCCUUCGAGGCUGAGGAGGAGGAGGAGGAAAAAAGGGGUCAGACGGCGGAGCAGGAGGGCGGACAGGAGCUGGCGCCCGAGGAGCCCAAGCCCCAGGCCAAGAAGGAGGAGGCCCGGCGAGGGGGCCUGAUGUCCCUCUUCCCCAAGAAGGCAGAGGCCCCCAGAGCCCCCGAGGGGAAGGACCCCCACGGGCUGUCCGAGGAGGGCCGGGGGGAGGUCAAGAAACCGACGAGCACCUCGGUGUGGGCAAGCAGGACGGCGGCCGUCAAACCCAAAUUGGAGGUGUCUCCGAAGGCUGAAACCGGAGCCGGAACCUGGUCACCCUCUCCCCCGCCCCUCUCAGCUCAGGCCCACCCCUUUGACCCGACCCCUCCCAUGGGAUCAAGGAUCCCCAGCUCCCCCGGCCUCGGGCCCCUGGUCCUCCAGGACGUCCCGUCUCUGCGCUCCCCCUCCUCAGACUCCAGGACAACAGUGUGGGCCUCCCCGCUGCCCCCUCUUCCCAACUCUUCCUCCUCAUCCUCGUCCUCCUCUCCUCAUACCUCGGAGGCCUCCAUCAACCUCAAAAGGCAGAGGGCGCCAUACAGGGAGGGCAACAGGAUGCCCGCCGAAGACCUCUUUUGGGAGUUGACCCAUGGGAGCACAGGGGCGGGUGGGGGCCAGGGGUCGCCUGGGAGCCCGAGGAUGAUGGGAGAGGGGUCGGAGGGCGGGGAGACACGGCCCCCAUCCCAGGAUCCCAGGCUGACUGGCACCCCAGAGCCAUGGGCCUCUCUUCGCCCAGACUCCUCACCCCUGUCCCCAGGGGGCGCUGUCACCACCACCUCCUCGUCCCCAGGGAGCCCUGUCUCCACCACUUCCCUGUUCCCCUCACCCCAGUCCCCAGGGGACACUGUCUCCCCCUCACUGCCAUCCCUGGGGGGCGUUGUCUCCUCCUCACCCCCGUCCCUGGGAGGUGCUGUCAGCCCCUCCUCCCCAUCCCCAGGGAGCCCUGUCUCCACCACUUCCCUGUUCCCCUCACCCCAGUCCCCAGGGGACACUGUCUCCCCCUCACUCUCAUCCCCAGGGGGCGCUGUCUCCUCAUCACCCCCGUCCCUGGGAGGUUCUGUCGUCACCACCUCCCCGUCCCCAGGGGGCGCUGUCUCCCCCUCACUCCCGUCCCCAGGGGGCGCUGUCUCCCCCUCACUCCCGUCCCUGGUGAGCGCUGUCUCCCCCUCACUCCCGUCCCCAGGGGGCGCUGUCUCCUCCGCCCUCCGGGAGCCCCCUGCAGUCCCUCCGAGGGGCGGGACACCCACACCAGGGCUCCCUGUCCCGGUGCCCAGGGGCGCAGCCCGGGUGGACCCACCCCCUUCCCCAGAAGGCCAGCCCGGCUCGGCCCCUCCCCCUCGGGGAAGGGCGCCUGGCUGUGAGAAUGCCGAGCACCCCAUCCCGGAGACCACGGGAUGGAAGGAGAACGAGGAGGUCCCUCCGGACACCCCUGAGCUUCCUCGCGCACCGCCCGCUCUCCCGGAGGAGCCCCUGGCUCGGAAUGGUGACCCUUCCCACACGGACAAGAUGGCCGCCGGGCCGGCUGGGGUGGUGGGGUGGCAGGGCGGCCUGGCCGAGGGAGCAGCGGCCCCGGAGCAGCCUUUGACCCAGCCGACCCCCGCGGACCCUCGCUGGGAGCAGUCCCCGAGCCCGGUCGCCCUCGCCCCCUCCCUCCUCCCGGCCCCUCAUGCUCCUUCACCUCCGGCCCUGUCGCUCCUCCUCUCCCCGUCCCCCCCGCUGCUGUCCCCCUCGUCCUCGCCCACGAUCAGUGCCGCUCGCUCAGCGAAUCCUCCUGAACCGGGACUUUCUGACCGGAAGAGGCUGCCUCAGGCUAAAGUUUUGCCCACGGAGACACAGCCAAUCGAUUCCCUGAACAGCGAGUCAGCUGUACCUUCCAGCCGCAGGCCUCAUCCCGUCAAGCCCAUGACCAAUGCCGAGCCCAAGCUGCACAACGUGAGCUCCGAGGAGACCCUGAAGACCCGCUUCAAGGUGGUGGACGCCAUCAUGACCAAACCUUCGGGACGGGCGGCGGUGACCCUGAGUGAGAGACUGACCUGUCCGAAGGACUAUGACCCAUCGGACCCAGCAGCUGCCUAUGCCCAGCUGACCCAUGAUGAGCUGAUCCAGCUGGUGCUUAAGCAGAAGGAGACCAUCUCCAGGAAGGACUCUCACGUGCAGGAGCUGGAGAGCUACAUCGACAACCUGUUGGUGCGGGUGAUGGAGGAGACGCCGAACAUCCUGAGGGUCUCGUACCAGCCCGCGAGGAAGGCCGAGCGGGUGUGACCGAGGGGGUGGGGGAAUCUGAUCUCCCCCCACCACCACCGUGCUGCGACCUGAGCCAUUACACGUCCUGCUUUACAACUGGUCCCAGCCUGGAGCGUGGUUUGAUUUUUAUCAUGACUGCUGUUGACGGAUUGCAGCCUGUCCUGUGUUGAGUGUGUUUGGUCGCUUCCCCUCCCCCGUUCCAAGUGGCGACCGGAGCCCCCUUCCGACAGCGCCGCUAGCCCUCCCCUCCCCCUCAAAAAAGAAGGAAGUCUCGCUCCGAGUCCCUCCACCUGACCCAAUGCAGUCUGCGAUCAGGGAGCGGAGGGGUUUGGUCAGAGCACAAUCGUACCCGAGUUAAAAACACUCAAAUUCGGGGUUGGGGGCAACUCCAAACAAGCAUCAUCUCCUUCCCCCCCGCCCAUUCUUCCUUGGUCUGUUACCUUUAACUCCUGCGACCCACCAAAGCUUAUAGACAUCUGAAUCUCAGAGGUACUCUGGGGCUUUCGGACUGAGGGGUGAGUCAGUGCAGAAGCAAAUGAUUAUUUUUGUUUUGUUUUAGAGGUGUGUGUCUUAACAAUCUAGUUUUUUUAGAAGGGGUGUGUGGUGAUGGGUUGUCUUGGAGCCGAUUUUAGCUUCUGCACCACUCCAAAAUGAUCCUCUUGUCUCUAUACCUCCCGUUAUUAUCUUUGCCAAAUCCAGUGCCUUUCUCUCCAAAUGAACACAAAUGGACAACGUUUGGCGUUUAAUCAUAGUUUGCCGUGAUUUUGUUUUCUUUUUUUGAGGAUGCGUGAUUUUUAAGACUUCACUGACUAAUGGUUAAUCAUCGCUGACCAGCCAUCUGAAAGGGGUCUCUGGGUGUACUGUCUGUCCAAAAGAGAGUUGACUUGCUGUAACAGCCACGUUACUGUAACUGACGCUCAGUAGCAGCAGUGGGUACCAUCUACAAGACGCACUGCAGCAACUCCCCCAGGCUCCUCAGACAGCACCUUCCAAACCCCACGGCCACUUCCAUCGGGAAGGACAAGGGGGCAGCAGGUACAUGGGAACACCACCCCCCUGCAAGUUCCCCUCCGAGCCCCUCACCGUCCUGACUUGGGAAUAUAUUAGCCGUUCCUUCAGUGUCGCUGGGUCAGAAUGCUGUGUGUGUGUGGGGGGGGGGUCCCUACCCCCCACAGACUGCAGCGGAUGAAGGGGCAAUAAAUGGAGAUCUUGUGAAAUAAUUUUUUGGGGGGAGAAAAAUGAACAGUACUUGAAAGUAUGCCCAGCUUGGGAUGGUGGCUAUGAAGUGGUCAUGUGAGCAAAUUGACCUUUGAACCUCGCUGUUCUGGUGACCAGUUUGGAGCGUGGCACUGUAAUAUAAUGGAUUUGAGGCUCUGGUUUGGAGGGUUGGGGGAUGGAGAAAAAUGUUGGAUUGUCUUUGUAAAAGGUACUGAAAUCACAAACAAAAUGUUGGGACUUCCAGCCUUCAGCUGGAUACCUGACUCCUCCACCCUUUGUCUUCUCUGGGCCAAGUUAUUUUUGGUGAAUAGGCGACAGUUAUUCACCAGCGUUUUAGGGCUGGUGUUGUAUAUUAAAAUUACUGCAGAUUAUUUUAUAUAAUUUAAUAAAUAUAUUAUAUAUAUAUAUAUAUAUAUAUAUAUAUAUAUAUAUAUAUCUAUAUAGAGAGAGAUUUACAAGUAGGUACAGAAUCCCCCCAUUACCUGAUGUGGCACGGUGCAACGGUUUUGACUUUUGAGAAGCAACGAGGUUUGUUUUCCAAACGUUUGUUGGACACGGACCGAGAGAUUCCGAUACCUCCAAUGGUUUGUCAACUUGAAGUUGGGAUCCUGGCACCCAACCCGCACUCCACCCACGUCCCCCUGCACUGAACCUAACAGCGCAAACAUGAUGUGUGCCACCUCUGGACUUUAUUCCAGGCGAGCGACUGUGGGCUCGAGACUGACAGAGGCGAGGCAACAUCUGGCCAACCCUGUGUAUAGAACCGACUCUGCUCCAAGUGACGCUGUGACUCACUGCAACACUCUCCAUCACCUUGGCUUGGAUGGCCAGUUUGGAAUGUUCGUGACUCCCGACUCCCCCCCCCCACCCCCCCCCCAUCCUCUUUUUGGAAAUGGUCGGUUUUCACCACGUUCCCGCUUUCGAUCCGAGGGGGCGCCCCUUUUCUGGAAACGGACCCCAAAGAAGGAGCUGUCCCGUCAUCGAACGCAUGGAGCCCUCGUGUGAGCAACGCAAUGGAAUCGAGUUUGUGUGUUCCAAGGGACGGCAGAGAGAAGGAAAAAGUUUCCUGGGAUCAUUGCGUGAAAAGUUGAUGUUUGAAUUGCUCUCGUUCUCGUUGCAGAUUUGUUCAAGGGUCUCUUGGGUAUUAUGUGAGCAGCCCAGAGAAGGCAACGAUCCAAUCUGGGAGAGCUCCACUGGAAAGCACCGUGACUGACCCCUUUAUCCCUGAGACACGCUUUGCAGGUUGACUUUACCAUCCGAGUAUUUGGUUAGGAAGGCUUCCAAAUGUCUGUGCUGCUAUACACAACUGCCGAUAAUCACCAAUGUUUCUCUCAGAUGAUGGUGGUAUUUUUAGUUGGGGGGGGUUGCAGGUUUGCACAAUCAGGGAGGUUACCUUGGGUUCCGGGUCCGACUGAGAUCGGCUUAUCGAUCGGCCGAGGGUUAAAGCUAACUUUCCCAGAAGUGUUCAGAACCUCGUGCUGCUUGAAGCCUCCCCUUUGUCAAGACGUGUACGUCUUGUAUGCCAUCAGGACACCUGGCAAUUUGAAGGGCAGUGGAGCAAGUUGGUAACUGCUCUCUUUAAUACUGUUUGAGAAGGAAGUGCACUGACUGCUUGCCAAGUGAGCUGGGGUAGAGGUGUCAACCCCAGAGAACGUACCGGCAGUUAACUGCCAGGCCUCGGUUUCAGUUUAUCAAGUGGGCCUCGGGACUGUGCGAGUUGAAAAGCUUUGCUAAAAAUGUGUCUUUCCAGCCACACUGUGAAAAGGUUGGGGAUGGGGGAGAAAGAAAGGGAAUGGGUGACCUAGUCUUAGGCUCAUGUUGCCUCUGCAAGGGAUCAGCCUGAUGAUGAGUUUGGCCCUUCCUUUCACAUGCUUUCCUCAUGUGACUGAGACCAAGGUAACGCCCAAGUCUCAUUCCUCACCUCACUUGCUAGAACACUAUAAUGUUGGGUUAGAGAAGCUGCCUUUCCAUGUUGAUAAUUCAUGUCGUGUCCGGUCUGGGUAUGGUUAACCUCCCCUCCCACCUCGGUGCCGCAAUGCAGCCAAACCCUGGCUCAGACUGCUACCGUUGAGCCUGUCCCCUCUUCCCACCCCCACCGUCUCUGGAGGUUAGCUCAUUCAGUCAUGAUAUGUCCUGCUGGCCCCCAAUUUAGAUCAAGGCCUCAGAGCUGCCUUUCUGAGGAACAGUGCUGCAGAAGGUGGCUUUCAGCAAUGAGAAACCUUUUCACAAGUAUGUUAUUUUCCUUUUUGCAAGUCUCUGGUGGAUGGUGGGGAUGGCAUUGCCAGGGAGUCUGGUGCCGGUUUCUGUCUCACCCGUUGAGUAUGCGGUUUGCUUGUGUAAAAAUGUGUAAAACUAGCAAUAUCAUCUCUCUCCAAUUUUGAUUUUAAUUCCUUGUGCUCUCUUCCUCAUUCUGAUCUGUGCAUUGAAUCAAUGUAAAAACCAAAUGAACUGUCAUCGUCAGCUGCUUGGGGCAUGUUUGAUAACUCAACUCUUGGUCAAAAUAAACUUCAUUUUUAUA